GUUUCGGCUUUAGAUAUGCCGGACCGUGUCAAAGGGUCGAGCCGUUCCCCAACAUCUCCGGCAUGCGGUGCCUCGUCGCGCUCCCUGCGGUCGCCGUCCCCGGCCGCCGCUCACAUCCUAACCUGAAACCCCGCCGCAGAAGCACUCUCGUAGCUAUCCUUGGAAGCUGCCGCUGCGGCCGCCGCCACCUCCUCGGUGCAUCCUCUGCCGCCGGCCUCCUCCAUCUCGUCAACCCUCCGUGCCUCGCCGCCCCAGCCAUCGACCCCGACGUGAUGCUUGAACGGGUGCACCCAGCGAGGCCUGGCUGGUACGAGAAGCUUUACGCAACGGCCAUGGACAAGGGCAUGCAGUCUUAUGAAGCCGAGAUUGCGCAGUAUAAAUCGAAUCUCUUCUCCCAAUUGUCAGUUGCGGGGAAGAACAUUCUGGAGCUUGGUGUUGGAACAGGCCCCAACUUAAAGUACUAUGCAAGUGCUGAUGGGGUAAAUGUAAUUGGGGUGGAUCCUAACAUCUACAUGGAGGAGUAUUCUAGAGCAGCAGCAACUUCUGCUGGGCUUCCGUCAUCAAAUUUCACUUUCAGAAGAGGGGUUGGCGAAGCUUUGCCAGCAGAAGAUGGUUCCAUGGAUGCAGUUAUUGGUACAUUGGUGUUAUGUUCUGUAAAAGACACCGAUAUGGCAUUAAGAGAGAUAAAGAGAGUCCUAAAGCCGGGUGGUCUCUACCUAUUCAUUGAGCAUGUUGCUGCAGCAGAUGGUUCCUUCCUCCUGUUGGUGCAAGGUGCCCUUGAUCCUCUGCAGCAAUUUGUCGCUGACGGGUGCCACCUCACCAGGAAAACAGCUGAAAACAUCAAGGAAGCUGGGUUCUCGAGCUUGAGCCUAAACGCGGUGCGCCUGUCAUCUGCGUAUAUCGUUAGCCCCCAUGUUUAUGGUGUAGCCUAUAAAUGACAUGCUCUGCCUGUUUGGGACGGAGCCCUGUGGUGUUUGUUCUGAGAUAAUACUCGUACUGGCACAUUUCUGCUCAGUUAUUGCCCCUGGAGGCCUUUCCGUUUUUUCUUGAGUAAAUCCUGCAGGCCUUGCUGGGCAGGCACUUCGAAUA